UAAUCGGCAUAUUACUUAUACAAUAUUAUAAAACAAAGUGAUACUGCGAUGCCUUAAAUGUACAGCGCCAUCUAGUUCGUAGACUUAGAACUAGUCGGGCACCUAUGAAGAUGAUGGUGUGUUACAAUGUUAGUUAAAAGGAACGGAAAUUACUAUGUUUGGUCCAUUCGUUUCUUGUAAAAAUCAUCGUCAUCUAGUGGAGGUGAUUGUUUUUAUAUUUCGUUUUUUUUGAAAUACUUCCUCAUUAUGCUUGAAUGGUAUUAAUAAAUUUAAAAAAAUCUACUAGAUACUCCAAUCAAUAACACAAAUUCUUACAUGAUAGAACCAUUUUCAAUUUAAGAAAAUCUGCUUUAAAUUCUAGAAAGAAAACUGCUUAUGGCUUAGAUUGGCUCUCAUAUAAAAUGUUCAAACAGCUGAAUGAUUUCGUUCUUGAAAUCAAAAUGUUUCUAAAUAUUUUAAACUUGUUUUGGUCUCUUCUUUACCUAUUGUUUGGUUCCUAUAUUAAAAAAGACAAAAUAUAUUCUAAUUCUGCUCACUCAUAUCUCGUAUAAAUAGUUGUGGGAUUUUUUAUUUUAAUAACGAAACGAUUUAAAUUUUGACACAGAGCGAUUGAUUGGUACAAUGACUGUUUAAAAAAAAUCUAUGUUAAACUGUUUCAUGGAUUUAUUGUUUAUUACGUAAUUAAUGUAAAAAUUUUUAAUAAACACUUGGCUGCGGCCGUUUAAACUAAACUGACAAUACAAAUUUCUAUUAAAAAAAAAAAAUCGACUGUGGCCGUUGAAUCGCGGUUAAUUCAGUAAAUAAUUACAAAUAAAUAACAAAGCAGUAUGGAUUUAGUACCCUUUGCCUCGUCCCCACUAUGGGAAUGGUUAUAAAAAAAUUGACAUUUGGUGUGUCAAAAAUUCUGAGAUUAAAACCCAUGUAAAUUUCGUGAAGAAGAAGCCUAAAUGGAAUUUAAAAUAAAACAGGAUAUUUUAAAAUUAUUUGAAUCAGCAAGGAAUAAUAAUACGUUUCUUAAAGUUUGUGCGCCUAUGGUUAGAUACAGCAAAGUCCAGUUUAGGACUUUAGUUAAAAAUUAUGAUACGGAUUUAACUUUCACUCCGAUGAUUUUAGCAGACUCGUUCUGUCAAAAUUCAAAGGCUCGAUGCAGUGAGUUUUCUACUACAACAAAUGAUACUCCACUGAUUGUACAAUUCGCUGCUAAUAACGUAAACGAUUUUGUUGAUGCUUCUAAACUGAUUUAUCCAUAUUGCGAUGGUGUUGACUUAAAUUGUGGUUGUCCUCAAAAAUGGGCCAUGAAAGAUGGUUAUGGAUCAGCACUGUUGUCAAAGCCAGAUCUUAUUCGUGAUUUAGUAAGAAGUCUAAAAAAUAGUCUCCCCAGUAGUUUUAGCAUAUCUGUAAAAAUAAGGAUACUUAAUGAUUUGAAAAAGUCUAUUGAUUUGUGUCAGCAGAUGGAAAAAUGUGGAAUUACUUUUUUAACAGUUCAUGGACGCACACCAUUACAGAAGAGUGGUGACAGCAUAGAUUGCAAUGCCUUAAAAGUUAUUUGUGAUUCAGUGCACAUACCGGUCAUAGCCAAUGGUGGGGUAAAGUCAUUGAAGGAUGCAGAUGAUCUUCAUAGUUUUGUUAAAUGUAAUGGUGUUAUGGCUGCUAGUGGAAUAUUAACAAACCCAGCUCUAUUUAGUGGAACAAAUAGGACUCCUCUUAGCUGUGUUAAACUUUGGAGAGAUUUAAAAGACAAAGACUGUGAUAAAAUAACUUUUCAAUGUUAUCAUCAUCAUUUAGUUUUUAUGCUUGAAAAAGUGUUAACAAAACAACAAAAAGUUAUUUUCAAUCAUCUUUCUACAUUUGAAAGUGUCGAUGACUAUUUAAAUAAACAUGUUCUUGAUUCUAAUUCUUUUAAUAAUAGUGAAUUAGAUAUAAAACACUGCCUUGGUGACUUUAUAUCUUGUCAAUUUCCUGAUGAAAUAUUAUUGAAACAUUCAAAAAAAUGUAGAGGAUGUGGCAAAAGCAUAAGCUACUGUGUAUGUAAAAAAUAUGAUUCUAAUGACACUGAUGGAUAUUUUUUUAAUUCAUAUGUCCAAUGUGACGAUGGGCUAGAUUAUAUGGACAAUAGUUUAUUUAAUGAAGUAUUAUAAUGUUAUUAUUAAUAGAAAAAUAUAUAAUGUAUAAAUAUAAGUACAAAGAAAAGUGUGUGUAUGAUUAAAUGAAAAAUACAUAAAUACAGGGUUAAGUAUAAAUAUAUAAAAUAUUUUCAUACUUAUGGUAUAUUAAUAAUGAGGCAAAUGUUUUCAGCUUAUUGCAGGAUGAGCAUGACAAAUUCCAGAAUGUUGUGUUUAUGCCCAAAUGCUAUUUUAAGUAGAUGCAUAUUUUUCAAAUUUGUUGUACUGUGCUUGUUGGUUAAUAUACAUUAACAAAAUUUAAUAAGUUUUGGUAA